AUGGAAUCUUCAAAGCUCAAGUCCACAGUGUCAACACCACUCAUCCGCCUCUCCCCACAUCCCCUUUCCUCCCUUCCCGCUCACCCCUCCCUCAACGCAUCCCCAUCGUCAUCCCGUCCCCCACUCCACAGCUUCCUCGAAACAGCCCUAUCAGAAGCCCACUCUCUCCUCACAGACACCAUCCCGAAUACCUUCAAGGUAGACCCGAAACCGCGCUCCUCCCCACCAGCCACAGCCAAGGUUCAGCUCCUCAAGCGCACCAUCCGCCACGGCAAGGGGAGUGUCCGAGGAGAGGAGGAAUUCUGGGUAUGUCGGAAGAGUGUUCACCAGGAUGCCGCUGUGGACGGUUCGGCUUCGUGGGAGGAGUUCCGCAGGGGAUUGAGGGAGAAUCAUUCCGAGAAUGAGAUGGCAUAUACGCCCAGUGUGACUUCUGUCGAGAGGUUGCUGGAGUGGCCGACCGAGGGGGAGAUCGAGGGUGGUUGGAGGCAGGUCGGGAUGCAUGCCCCUCGCACCUUCAUCAGCCUAGUCAUCUCUGCUGACUUACCAAACUUCGUCCAUCAGGGAUUCAUGACGGUUCAGAUCCCUCUAGCGGCGAAACCUACAGAUGCAAUUCCCCACGAGAUACGGGAGAAGGUUGCAUCCGUCGCGCCCAGAAACGCGGUUUUUGCAUCCUAUGCCAGCGUGGAACAGGUUGUAUCAGUGCCAACACCGGCGGUGGCCUCUAACCCACACGCGAGGGGCAGGACUGGUGAUGCCAAUCAGCAGGAGUGGACGAUGGCGACCACUUCGUAUGCAGGCGGGGCGAUUCCGCGGUGGAUACAACGAAGCUGGACGAUGGGCGGAGUCCCCAAGGCAAUCGUAGCCGACGUGGGGUAUUUCAUCAGUUGGACAGGCCAGCAGAGAAGCAAUAUAUCAGAUUCAGCUUGA